AUGGGAGUUUACAGCUUUAGGUUCCUAAAUGUGUCACUGACAGUCACCAACGUGUGGCUGGUGAACCUGGCAAUAGCAGACCUGAUCUUCUGCUUCACAUGGGUUUUCUCCCUCGCUCAGAUGCUCUUCUUUGACCACUGGCCUUUUGGCCUCUUCGUCUGCAAGUUCUAUGGCUUCUUCAAAUAUACCAACAAGUUCUGCUCUGUCUUCCUGCUGGCUGUGAUCAGUCUGGAUCGAGUGCUCUGCAUCUGGCAGCCCGUCCUCACAAAGCAGCGACGCACCAUGUGGGCAGCGAGGGUGGUGGCAGUCUGCAUCUGGAUCGUGGCGAUUCUUUUCAGCAUUCCCUAUGUCAUUAAUUGUCAAAUGUACAUGGACAACAAAAACUUGAGUUGGUGUUCUGUGGACCCAAUAGAGAAUCCAGAGGGGUACAACAGCACCAAAGUAGCUCUCUACUCCAUCCGCUUCCUUUGUGGCUUCAUAUUACCCUUCAUAGUGAUUCUCGUCUGUUACAUCCUGGCUGGAGUAGGCAUCCGACGCACCCGCCUGUCAGGGAAGUCCCGCCCCUUGCGUAUCAUAGCGUGUUUGGUCAUUGCCUUUUUUCUGUGCUGGGCGCCAUACCACUGCCUCUUACUGGUGAAGAUGGUGGACAAUGAAAAAGCAGUGGUGAAAAUCUGGUACCCUGUAGCAAAGGGUGUUGCCUACUUUAACAGCUGUAUAAACCCACUGUUGUAUUUUUGCAUGGGUCUAAAAAUGAAUGAGGGAUUUAAACAGAGUGUGACAAGAGUUUAUAGAAGAGCUUUGGCAGAUGAAAUGGAAGUCCAGACUACUCAUUCCACUGAUCACUCUUAGGAUUUAAGCUGUAAGAUGGAACACAUUAAUGUUGUGGGGGCAAAAAAGAGAGAGUGGGUGUGGUUUCUGCCAGUGAUCCUGACGCUAGUAUUUGAUAGUAUUUAUUCAAGCUCAACAAAACAGGCAUGUGAGGUUCCACCUAACUUUCCUCAUCUGUGCUUUUAGUUAGCCAAGGGUGACAUCAAUAAAUUCUGACAUCCCUACAGUAAAUCAAGAUGUAUUUCAUCAUGAUAUAUUAUAUAUAGUACAUACUAUAUGCAGUCUUCACUACUCAAAAAUUAAAGGAAAACUUUAAUUAUAGCUAGCAUCGGGUCAGUUUAGGGAUAUUGAUCUGUUCAGUUAAGUAGCAGAAGUGAUUGUUAAUCAGUUUCAGCUGCUUUACUGAUAAUAAAAUUAACAGCAGGUGCACUACAGUGGCAUCAAUUAGACAACUUCCAAAACUGGAAUGAUUUUGCAGGUGGGGGCCACUGACACUUUUCACUUCUUAAUCUUUUUCUGACAGUUUUUUACUGGUGUUGCACUUAGCUAGUGUCUGUGUCACUAAUGGUAGACCUGGGGUUGAUACCAGAAUUGAUGGGUUCACCAACUGGCUCCCUGUCCUUUUCAUGGAUGAAAGCAGGUUUACCCUGAGCAGAUACAACAGACAUGAAAGGGUUGGAGAAGCUAUGGAGAACAUUCAGUAUGAUUGGUUUGGUGGUGGGUCAAUGAUGGUUUGGGGAGGCAUAUCCAUAGAGGAAUGCACAGCACUCCACAGGGUAGGCAGCAACACCCUGACUGUCAUUAGGUAUCGGGCUGAAAUCCAUGGACCCUGGCAGACCCUACACAGAUGCAGUAGGUCCUGGAUUCCUCCCAGUGAACAAGGCCCCUCAUCGUGCGAGAGUAUGCAGGGAGUUGCCGAAGAACAUAAGAGUUGAUACCGUUGAGAUGUUUUUAAAGUGUUCCUUCAAAUGUUUUGAAGAGCGUAUGUCAUGAUACUCUUGGCCAAACUACCCAUGGACUGACAUAUCAAAUCUAACUGGACAGGUUAAUGUCAAAAAGUAACAAAAUCAUAAACAUGGUUUAGAAAUCCAGAUAACUGAGAAAAAUGACUCAGUGGUCACAGCAUGUCAGCAUCUGCCUGUCAUUUGGCACGCCCCUAAAUGUAAGUGUCAGUGUAGUUUAGAUGAGUGAGUUACAGGGGAAACAAAUCCACUUUUUUUGCAGUUAUUGUGAUCAUUAAAAAUGGCUUUAGCAAACACAACGUUUUUUUAAAUACCAGGCUGUAAAUAUGUUUUAUUAAAAGCAAACAAACUAAUGAUCAGCAGCCUGACAGGAAAUAGUAGGUUUUACUCUGUUGAGGAGGGUUUUUUUCUUUCUAUAGCUUUAUAUUUAUAUCAGUAGGAUGAUAAGAUCUGAGAUCUAAUUCUGCCAACCACUAGAUGUUUUAAAUUUAAUUAUGAUCAAACAGAAGGCUGUCAUAAAACUUGCUGUUGCAACCUUUCGAUCCAAUAAAUAACAACAUACUGUGAACAUAUAUACAUUAUUUUCCAGGGUGUCAUCUAGAGACAAUUUUCAUAUAGAAAUGAACCCUUCAUAAUAAUUUUCAUCAGGAAACUGCUGUAGUUGUUUGCAUCAAAUAAUUAUGAAAAUGUCUUUGCCUACAACUUAAUUACUGGAUAUCAAAUAUGUA